AUGAGAGCCGCGCUAUCACUGACAUCUCGAAUAAAGUUGAAUGAUGGAAAUUCAAUUCCAAUAUUUGGAUUAGGUCUGUAUAGAGCAGAAGCAAGUACAGUAACUACCAACAUCGUCGCAAAAGCAACAGAAUUAGGAUAUCGAUUAUUUGAUACGGCUGAACUCUAUAAAAAUGAACAACAAACGGGAGAUGGAUUAAAAGCAGCACAAGUCAAGCCAUCGAGAGAAGAAAUAUUCAUUUCAACAAAAGUGUUUACAACAGAAGGAGGACGUCAUCAUUUUUUACAAACAUUUGAACAAAGUCUUAAGAAACUACAAGUAGAUUAUAUUGAUCUUUACUUUAUUCACUCACCACAAGGAGGACACGUACUUGAAGUUUAUGACGCUAUGUUGGAAUUACAGAAAACAGGAAAAAUUAAAUCAGUUGGGGUUUCGAACUUUGGUGUCAAGCAUUUAGAAUGGUUGAUUAAUGCUGGCCGUCCACUACCAGUCGUAAAUCAAAUUGAACUACAUCCUUGGUGGCCGAAUGAGGACAUUGUUGACUACUGUCGAAAAAAGAACAUAGCAAUUAUGGCAUAUUCACCAUUAGCAAAAGCGCGUGUACUGAAUGAUACUUUCGUACAAAAUUUAGCUAAAAAAUAUCAUAAAACACCAGCUCAAAUCUUGCUCAGGUGGUCAAUCCAGAAUGGAUUUAUUACCAUACCAAAAACAAGUAAUACGGAAAGACUAAAAGAAAAUAUGGAUAUAUUCGAUUUCGCUUUGGAAAGUGAUGAUAUGAAAGCAUUAUUAGAGUAUGGAAAAAUGCAUGCGGCUAAUACAGGUUGGGAUCCAACUACAAAUAGUGAAGUAAAAUUUGGACCAAUGGAUCGUAUUCACACUGAAAUGUAG